AUGGGGAGCAUCAGCACCAGUUCCACCUCCGGCCAGACCGCGCCCAUCCAGAUGACGGGCAAAUCGAAUGCCGCUACGCCAAAGCUGAAUAACGAAGUCGAGAUGGGCAGUCUACCGGGUGAUACGCAGGCCCAGGAGGAGGAUAUCAUGCAGAUCGCUAGGAUAGGAGACGUACCGGCCAUGGAGAAGCUUUUCGAGUCGGGCGAGUACGAUGCGACCUACCAUGACGAUGAGGGUAUCACGCCCCUACAUUGGGCUGCGAUUAACAAUCAAUAUGCGAUGUGCAAAUUCUUGAUCGAACACGGCGCCGAAAUUAACAGAAAGGGCGGAGAAUCCGUAGCAACGGCUCUUCAAUGGGCCGCCCAGCGAUGCCAUUACUAUACCGUCAAUCUGCUCCUCCAGCACGGCGCGGACCCUCUCAUCACCGACGCUCAAGGUUAUAACACGCUUCACAUCUCGACAUUCAACGGCAACGUCCUUCUGAUUGUCCUCCUGCUUCACCAGGGAAUCCCCGUCGACGUUAUCGACACGUUCGGCCACACUGCGCUCAUGUGGGCUGCGUACAAGGGCUUCCCCCAAUGCGUCGAUCUGUUUCUCCGCUGGGGCGCAAGCGUGCAUGCGACGGACGAGCAGGGCUUUACGGCGCUACACUGGGCGCUCGUCAAGGGAAGCCCGGGAUGUAUUCUCAAACUUAUCGAGUACGGCGCCGAUCGAUUCGCAAAGACACAGACGGGUAAGACUCCUGCUGUGACGGCCAACGAGCUUAAUACGGAGGGCGCUUGGCACAGAGCGCUUCGAGAAUGCGGUUUCAACGAGGACGGUCAUCCCGCGGUGCCUCCUUGGCCUGGUGCUAGCUAUUUCUUGAAGGAUAAGAGAGCCUUUGUUACGAGGUUCUUGUUCAUCUGGCCGUUUGUUCUGGUUUGGGGCAUGCUUAUGGCUGUUUCGAGUGCGCCUGUUUAUAUUGGCGUUCCUCUUGGAUUCGCUGUCGUUUACGGUGUUCAGUGGGUUGCUCAGCAAGUACUGGAAUAUGCGCCUCCUGAUAUGCGACACUUUCACAAGACUCCUUGGCUCACUGGUAUCUUUGCGGCUACGCUCUUCUUAACAGGUGUGAAUUGGUUGACGACAGUCCUCUUUGCCACAACACUUGGCGCGAGUGAGGGUCACGGCCACACCUUUCUCAACCUCUUCUUCGGCAUCUUCUUGGGUUUCACCGCGUACUUCUACGUUGCCAGCAUGAGAUACGACCCGGGCUUUGUACCAAAGAUGAACGGAAUUGCGGAACAGAAGGCUGUCAUCGACGGACUUUUGUCGCAGUGGAAAUACGACGAGACCAACUUCUGUGUUACUUGUAUGAUUCAAACGCCGCUUCGAAGCAAACACUGCCGUCGUUGUCAGCGAUGCGUUGCCAAGCAUGAUCACCACUGUCCUUGGGUUUACAACUGUGUCGGCAUUAACAACCACCGACACUUCUUCUUCUACCUUAUCUCGCUGACCUUUGGUAUCAUUUCAUACGACUUUUUACUGUACUACUACUUCGAAACUAUCAGCAGCAACGCUUCGGAUAGCUGCAAUGUCCUCAGCCCGAACCUUUGCAAGUUCAUCAAUGCUGAUUCGUACACGGCGAUCUUGGCCGUUUGGAUCACGCUUCAACUCCUCUGGGUCACCAUGCUUUUGUUUACCCAGUUCAUUCAGGUAGCUCGGGCCAUGACUACAUAUGAGAACAUGUUUGGUGUUAGGGACGGAAGUGCGAUUACCGCUCUCACAUCUACUGGCGCCCCUCUCGACCCCAACCACCCAUCUCUAUCCGCAACAGCAACCCCUGGUGGCCACCAUCACAAGCACAAGGGCGGCAUGCUCAAGUCUUUGAGUCGUACCCUUGGUGUCGACCCCUUUAUCGAGACUAUUACCGGCCGAGGUGCCGUUUCCACCAAGAACAAGCGCAAGAAGAAGAACCCCUACAGCCGAGGCUGCAUUGCCAACUGCAAGGACUUUUGGUGCGAUCCUGCGCCUAUCUUUGGCCAAAGAGAGAACGGAGCUGCUGUGCUUGGUGGCGAGAGGGUUGACUACACGGCCAUGUACGAGAGCCCUGGUCUGAUGCAGUUGACGGGUCGUAGAGAGCGCGGCGGUUACGAGGCCGUUGGAACGGAAGAGGUUUAG